AUGAACCAUGGAGCCACUACGCCUCCCCAGGACGACAACACCCCCGAACCUUCAAUACUGCUCAUCGUGGCCGGAGGCACAAUUUGUAUGCAGGACACGCCAUCUGGAUUGGCAACUUCGAAGCUCUUUCUGGAUGAAUGUUUGAGGCCGAAUCCCACGUACAAUGAUGGGACACCCGUGCCGACGACGAAGAUCACCGACGAACAUGGUGUCUCACGUGAAGCUCCAUCGCUUCGUCUGCCGCGAGACCGAAGUGGAGCGAAUGUCAAAUGUACCGUUCUGGAAUUCGAUCCGUUACUGGACAGCUCCACGGCUCAUGCGCCUACCUGGAACCAGCUUGCACAGACUAUACGAUCAAAUGAAGCCAACUUCGAUGCUUUCGUCAUCUGUCAUGGAACUGAUACUUUGGGCUACACCUCGGCAGCAUUGUCCUUUAUGCUGAUGCCAAAUUUGCAGAAGACAGUGGUGCUGACCGGCGCACAACGAAGCAUGUUCUUCGCCGACAGCGAUGGUUCGGACAAUCUGCUCGGAAGCAUUGUCCUAGCAUCGCACCUGCGAAUCCCAGAAGUCUGCGUUUUCUUUGGCCAUCAGCUGCUUCGCGGUACAAGAAUCACGAAGAUCUCUGCGUCGAGUUAUUCGGGCUUCGAGAGUCCCAACGCUGGUCCGCUUGCCACCGUUUCCGAGACUGGAAUCGUAGUUCACUGGGACAACUUACUCCACCCCGAAGACACAGCCGCACCAGCCGCUAGCAAGAACGUCCCAGACAUGGACUCUAGCAAAGUCGUCGUGCUCAAGACAUAUCCUGGAAUCACAUCCGAAGUGGUCGAUGCCAUUCUCUCGCCUCCCCAAAUCCAAGGCGUGGUACUGGAAACUUUCGGCGCCGGCAACAUGCCCCUCAACAUCAUUCCUUCGCUUCAAAAAGCCGUGCAGCGAGGCGUGGUGAUUGUCAACAUCACGCAAUGCCUACACGGAAGUGUAAGCGACUCGUACGAGCCGGCGAGGAAGCUCGUCGAGGCAGGAAUCCAACUGGGACACGACAUGACGACCGAAGCAGCAUACACAAAGAUGGUCUAUCUGUGGUCUUGUGAGGGUGCCACUCCCGACAUCGUUGCCAAGAGGAUAUCGGAAAACAUCGAGGGCGAAUUGACUCCGCCUGAAACGACCAUCGCGACGGGAGGUCCUUUCUCAAUCGCCCAGCUUCCGAUUCGUUAUGAGAGAACCGUGCCUGGGAGACUUAGUUUGGGACGGGGUAAACAGCACCUGGGUUGA